UCUUAUGACAAGAAAGUGGUGUUAGAUGGAACACGUCUGCUGAACAGCUGACAGCGAUGUGAAGGAGGAGAAGAUGAUGAAGAUAACCGUACAAAUGACUGCCUCUUUUCUUUUCUUACCAAUUCCAGUUCCAGUUCCAUCCUUUUACUGCUAGUUACUGCUACCUCCCUGGUCAUGGCAGCUUGCCUCUCCCCCACGCUCCCUCGCCAUCCCAUACACCACAGCUGCUGCUGGACCCCAAAGCCUCUCUCCUCCACCACCAGCUACCACCAACGCCCAAGCUACCGUAUCAUCGGAACUAGCUGGGCCGCUAUCUCUGCCCGCGCCUCCCCUGCUGGAGUCGUAGCUCGGAGCCUCGAUGCUGAUGACAUCCGCCACCCUCUCGACAAGCAGAACACUUUGCUUCUAAAAGCAAUUCCAGGGCUCAAUGAUAUAGGCAAGGCUUUGCUAGGGCCAGUUUCCGAGCAAGUCAUGGUUCUUCAGAACAUUGGAACGUCUGUUCUCGUCUCUGAAAACCAGUUGCCGGAACUUCACCAGCUCAUGAUUGAAGCUGCAAAAAUCUUGAACACAGAAGCUCCUGAAUUUUACAUACGGCAAAAUCCUGUUCCCAAUGCUUACACCUUGGCAAUAAAUGGCAAAAAGCCAUUUGUCGUCGUUCACACAAGCCUUGUGGAGCUGCUCACUAGAAAGGAAUUGCAGGCAGUUUUGGCACAUGAGCUGGGUCACCUGAAGUGCGAUCAUGGCGUGUGGCUUACAUUUGCCAACAUAUUGACAAUGGGAGCAUAUACUGUCCCUGGUUUUGGUAUGGUUGCUGGGUUCCUGGAAGAACAGUUGUUCAGGUGGCUGCGAGCCGCGGAGCUGACCUGUGAUAGGGCAGCUCUUCUUGUAGUACAAGACCCUAAGGUUGUCAUCUCUGUUCUGAUGAAGCUCGCGGGGGGAUGCCCGUCUCUGGCGGACCAGCUGAACGUGGACGCCUUCUUGGAGCAAGCCCGUUCCUACGACAAGGCUGCGUCGAACCCGGUCGGCUGGUACAUCCGGAACGCUCAGACGAGAGAGCUGUCGCACCCUUUGCCUAGAUGUGUCGUGCUGGACAUCGAGGGAACCACGACGCCGAUCUCCUUCGUCACCGACGUGCUCUUCCCUUACGCUCGCAAAAACGUCCGGGAACACCUUACGGAGACCUACCACACCCCGCAGACGCAGGCUGACAUCGCCCUGCUCCGGGCCCAGGUCGACCAGGACCUCCUCCUCGCCGAUCAGGUACCCGGCGCUGCCGUCCCUCUUCCACCGCCAGACAGCGCCGUCGACCAGAUCAUCGAUGCCCUGGUGGCCAAUGUGGAGGCCAUGAUCGACGCCGACAGGAAGGUCGCCGCGUUGAAGCAGCUGCAGGGCCGCAUAUGGCGGCGUGGCUUUGACAGCGGCGAGAUCAAGGGGGUCGUCUACGACGAUGUACCCCCGGCCCUCGCAGAGUGGCAUGGCGCCACAGGAGGGCUCAUCAAGACCUACAUAUACUCCAGUGGCAGCAGGGAGGCGCAGAGGCUUAUCUUUGGGAACACCACACCCUAUGGUGACCUCAGGAAAUACCUCUCUGCAUUCUUCGACACAAAUGUUGGAGGCAAGAGAGACUCCGGCAGUUACUAUGAGAUCUGGCAGUCUUUAGGAGUGGACCGUCCAUCUCAGAUAUUGUUCUUGACUGAUGUCUACCAGGAAGCCACUGCUGCAAAGGAUGCAGGUCUUGAGGUGCUAAUAUCUAUCAGGCCUGGAAACGCGCCGCUCCCUAAAAAUCACGGCUUUCAGACCAUCACGUCCUUUGCGCAAAUCUCCACCUGAAUUCCACAACUUACUCCUGUCAAGUGCGCACAAGAAUGUGUUAUUUACAGAUGAAACUAUCUGAUUUUGAAGCUAUUAUUAUCUUGUAUGCUAGAGCAGUUAACAACUGAUCAGGUUAAAGGCACAAGACUUGGUUAUUUCAAGGCCUUGUAUAAUCAUGACUUGUUAAUUGUUAUCAUCAGGUUUCCUAAAAGCAGGAACAUGUGGAUCAAAAUCCUUGUACUGAAAUUCCACCGAAAA